GGGAUUCUGCUUUCUCUGGACUGUGUUAUGUUUUACGUGGUUGCUGGGAUUCACACAGGGAAGUUCUGAAGAUGUGGAUGUCCUUCAAAGACUGGGCCUGUCAGGGAAAAGGCCAUCAAGCGGAUGGUCCUCAUCACGUACAGUUCCUCAAGGAGUCAUUCCUUUCAAAUCAGGGGUCAUCUUCACUCAGCGCGCACGUGUCGAAGCACCGGUCAGCACCAUCAUCCCCGCGGGCUCCAGCACUGACCUGCUCCUAGUGCUGAGCCUCUGCUCCCACCGCAUCAACAAUGCUUUUCUCUUUGCUGUCAAGAGCAAAAAGAAAAAACUGCAGCUGGGGGUCCAGUUUGUGCCUGGGAAGAUCAUAGUGUAUGUGGGCCACAAGCGCUCUGUAUAUUUUGAUUAUAAUGUCCAUGAUGGCCAGUGGCACAAUAUGGCCAUCGAUAUCCGUGGCCAGACAGUCACUUUAUUUACUUCUUGUGGGAAGCGCAGAGUACAUGCGGAUUUGCAUUUUAAAAAGGACGAGGCGUUGGAUCCACAUGGAUCUUUCCUCUUUGGGAAGAUGAACCAGCACUCCGUGCAGUUUGAAGGAGCCAUCUGCCAGUUUGAUAUUUAUCCUUCCGCCAAGGCAGCUCAUCAUUACUGUAAAUACCUGAAAAAACAGUGCAGGCAAGCAGAUACUUACCGGCCGAACCUGCCUCCCCUCAUCCCCCUCCUGCCCCGGGAUCCUGGUGCCUUCCCGA